UUUCUCCUUUUUGUUGUUCUCAAUCUCCAUCUUAAAUACAUGGCACCCUCACUAUUAGUAGCACUUGGUAGGUAGCAAAAAACAAAAAACCUCAAUCCCACGUCUCAAAUCUCAACACAUUACACAUCACAAAAAUGCCUUCCCCAAACGCAUCAUAACAUAAUCCACACAAGGAUGAUGAGGCUGAACUUUCUCCUUUGUUUCUGUUUCUUCACUCUCGUCGUUUCCGAAACCGACCCGAACGACGUGAAGAUUCUAAACACUUUCAGAAGAGGGUUGAACAACUCAGAGCUCUUACCAUGGCCCGAAGAAGGAGGAGACCCGUGCGGGAGCCCACCGUGGAAAUACAUCUUCUGCAACGGCAACAGAGUCGCUCAAAUUCAGACCAAGAACCUGGGUCUGGUGGGCCCACUUCCUCAAAACCUCAACCAACUCGUCAUGCUCGAGAAUCUGGGCUUACAGAACAACAACCUCAACGGUCCCUUGCCUUCCUUCAAGGGCUUAAAUAACCUUAAAUACAUUUUUCUCGGUCGCAACGACUUCGAUUCAAUCCCUUUAGAUUUCUUCGAGGGACUGAAGAGUCUCGAGGUCUUGGCUUUGGAUUACAACGAGAAGCUUAAUGCAAGUAGUGGCGGCUGGAGUUUUCCGGCAGCGUUGGCGGAUUCGGCGCAGCUGAGGAACUUGAGUUGCAUGAGCUGUAAUCUGGUGGGCCCCAUUCCGGGGUUCCUCGGGGACAUGGCGUCGCUGUCGGUGUUGCUGCUGUCGGGAAACAACUUAACCGGCGAGAUUCCGGCGACGCUGAACGCCGUGCCGGCGUUGCAGGUUUUGUGGCUGAACAACCAGCGUGGUGAGGGACUCACUGGGAAGAUUGAUGUCUUGGCGAGUAUGAUUUCGUUGACGAGUUUGUGGCUUCACGGGAAUAAGUUUGAAGGGAGUGUGCCAGAUAGUAUUGCGGAUUUGGUUUCUCUAAAGGAUUUGGAUCUCAACGGGAAUGAGUUUGUUGGGUUGAUUCCGAGUGGUUUGGGUGGAAUGAAGUUGGAUAGAUUGGAUUUGAAUAACAACCAUUUCGUGGGUCCGAUCCCGGAUUUCGCAGCGAGUAAAGUGAGCUUUGAGAACAAUGAAUUUUGUGUGGCCAAACCCGGGGUUAUGUGUGGUUUUGAGGUGAUGGUGUUGUUGGAGUUUCUUGGAGGGUUGGGGUAUCCUCGGAUUUUGGUUGAUGAGUGGAGUGGGAAUGACCCUUGUGAUGGGCCAUGGUUGGGGAUAAGGUGCAAUGGGGAUGGGAAGGUGGACAUGAUUCUUUUGGAAAAGUUUAAUAUUAGUGGGACUUUGAGUCCUUCUGUUGCAAAGUUGGAUUCUCUUGUUGAGAUAAGGUUGGGAGGUAAUGAUAUCAGUGGUGGGAUACCUAGUAAUUGGACUAGUUUGAGAUCUUUGACAUUGUUGGAUCUGAGUGGGAACAACAUUUCAGGUCCCUUGCCGAGUUUUAGGAAAGGGUUGAAGCUUGUGAUUGAUGAGAAUCCUCAUGUAAGUGCUCCAGAAGGUUCUCUUCCUUCACCAGUGAGUAGUUCGGGUUCCGGUUCAGGUUCGUGGUCUACGAAGGGUGAAUCUCCUCCAGCUGAUAAGCAUAAUCCUAAUCCAUCUGGAGAUUCUAGUCCUAAUCCAAAGUCUAGUAGUUCUUUUGAGUCGAAUAAGUCUUCCAUUGGGAAAAAAUUGGUUCCAAUUGUGGCUCCUAUCGCAGGUGUUGCAGCUGUGGCUUUUGUGCUCAUUCCGCUUUAUGUGUAUUGUUUCAGGAAGAAAAAGGGUGUCUCUGAGGGUCCAGGGUCAUUGGUGAUUCACCCUAGGGAUGCUUCUGAUCUGGACAAUGUGCUGAAGAUUGUUGUUGCUAACAACAGCAAUGGGAGCGUUUCCACAGUGACUGGCAGUGGGUCUGGGAUUACGACUGGAAGUAGCGAGUCUCGUGUUAUUGAAGCUGGGAACCUGGUGAUAUCGGUUCAGGUUCUUCGAAAUGUGACCAAGAAUUUUGCGCGGGAGAACGAGGUUGGACGCGGUGGAUUUGGGGUUGUUUACAAGGGGGAAUUGGAAGAUGGGACUAAGAUUGCGGUAAAACGAAUGGAAUCCGGUGUGAUUACGAGCAAGGCCUUGGAUGAAUUCCAGUCUGAGAUUGCUGUUCUAUCUAAAGUCCGGCACCGGCAUUUGGUGUCUCUUUUGGGUUAUUCAGUUGAAGGUAAUGAAAGGAUUCUAGUUUAUGAGUAUAUGCCACAAGGGGCUCUUAGUAUGCAUCUUUUCCAUUGGAAGAGCUUAAAACUGGAGCCACUGUCUUGGAAGAGGAGGCUCAACAUUGCCUUGGAUGUUGCUAGAGGAAUGGAGUAUCUUCAUAGUCUGGCUCACCAAAUCUUCAUUCACAGAGAUCUUAAGUCAUCAAAUAUUUUGCUUGGGGAUGAUUUUAGAGCAAAAGUCUCAGACUUUGGGUUGGUAAAACUUGCUCCUGAUGGCAAAAAAUCUGUAGUGACCAGGCUUGCUGGUACAUUUGGAUACUUGGCACCGGAAUAUGCAGUGACAGGAAAAGUCACUACCAAAGCAGAUGUUUUCAGUUUUGGUGUUGUCCUAAUGGAGCUGCUAACUGGAUUAAUGGCACUUGACGAGGAUCGACCCGAGGAAACCCAAUACUUGGCGUCGUGGUUCUGGCAUAUAAAAUCAGACAAGGAGAAACUAAUGUCUGCUAUUGACCCGGCCCUCGACAUAAAGGAAGAAAUGUUCGACGUUGUCUCCAUCAUUGCUGAGCUAGCUGGGCACUGCUCUGCCAGAGAACCAAACCAAAGGCCAGAUAUGAGUCAUGCUGUGAAUGUUCUUUCACCGCUUGUUCAAAAAUGGAAACCAUUAGAUGAUGAGACUGAGGAGUAUUCCGGCAUAGAUUACAGUCUUCCCCUGAACCAAAUGGUGAAGGAUUGGCAGGAGACAGAAGGAAAGGACUUAAGCUAUGUGGACCUACAAGACAGUAAGAGUAGUAUCCCUGCAAGGCCUACUGGGUUUGCCGAGUCUUUCACUUCUGUCGAUGGCCGGUGAAACAAGUUCUUUAUGGAUUUCUUGAAAGCAAGUUGUUUUUCCAUUUUCUAGUUUUCACUUGGUGAAAUCCGGAUUGAAAUCACUUGUCCCAUUUUGUGUCUCCUUCCCAAGGUUUUAAAUGGCGGUUAUGACUGUAGUUUCGGAGUCUUCGAAACCUUAAACAUUGCAGAAAAUUGGAGACAAAUGUGUUAGCAUUGUGGUGGUUUCGGAGACCAUGAUAGUUUUUUUAUGAUGCGGCUAAAAUUGCGGUUUUACACCUCAAUUUAAAACCUUGCUCCUUCUUUCCAUGUCUCCACAAUUAAAUAAAAGUGACACGUGGUUAAAAGAAUAAAACUCUUUCAAAGUUGGUAAUUUUCUUUACUCACGUGUCACUUUUUUAAUUGGGGGCUAUGAAAUGGAGACAGUGAUUUGGUACAGUGUAGACAUCACAGCAGCAUGCUCUUUUCUCAGUUUUUCUUCCUGUCUAUGUUUUGUAUUUUCAUGUGUAUGUUUUGUAUUUUUAACUUUGAUAUUUAAGAGUCAAUGGUUGUAGAUAGUGAACCGUGAUCAAUGAAAAUGCUUGUUAUUUGUUCAUUCA